CGUAGGGAGGCGGCCUCGUUCGGUACCUGCCCUCCCCAUAAAACAGGAAGAUAUCCUGACCGAAACCCGACAUGCUAACGUGAAAACUGGGCUCAACACAGAUCGGAUUUAUUAGCAAACAGACAGCCACGUCGAUAAAAAAAAAAGGGCUCAAGAACUCGUUUGGAUUUAACCCGUGACCGUUAAACGGCUACAACAAGCUAGCUCGCUACGUUAGCUUGUUUGCUAACUUUAACAUUGGGUUGAGAUUUUAGCAGCUGGUUGAGACUGAGCAAGACAGCUAACAAGCUUUCUGGUUUAUAGCAAAUUUAACUUUUUCGCCAUGGGGUCCAGAGCGUCUACGUUACUCCGAGAGGAGGAGAUCGAGGAAAUAAAGAAGGAGACUGGAUUCUCCCACAGUCAGAUCACCCGUCUGUACAGUCGCUUCACCAGCCUGGAUAAAGGUGAAAAUGGAACCCUAAGUCGAGAAGAUUUCCAGAGGAUCCCGGAGCUGGCCAUCAAUCCUCUGGGAGACAGAAUAAUCAAUGCCUUCUUCCCUGAGGGAGAGGAUCAGGUAAACUUCCGAGGCUUCAUGCGGACCUUGGCUCACUUCAGACCAAUUGAGGACAACGAGAAGAACAAGAAUGCCGCAACCAGCGAGCCUCUCAACAGCAGGACGAACAAGCUGCUCUUUGCUUUCCGUCUGUAUGACCUGGACAGAGAUGACAAAAUCUCUCGGGAUGAGCUGCUGCAGGUGUUGCGGAUGAUGGUCGGUGUAAACAUUUCAGACGAACAGCUCGGCAGUAUCGCUGACAGGACCAUACAGGAGGCCGACACGAAUGGAGACAACUCCAUCUCCUUUAAUGAGUUCAUCAAGGUCUUAGAGAAGGUGGAUGUGGAACAGAAAAUGAGCAUCCGGUUCCUGCACUAGAUUGCUUUUUUUUUUUUUUUUUUUUUUUUUUUUACAGUUUUUCCUCCAACAUGUCAGUUGAUGUCUGGACACAAACUCAUCCAGCUCCUUCAAGCUGCUGUGGCCCACACUACGAGAACACACUGUCAGACCAAGCAUUUGGUAGAUAAUGUUGUAAAAUCUGAGUUUCUGCCUUUGCAAGGCUCCGUAAACAAAGGGAAAAGUUGCGUGCCUUGGGUUGUUUUAUGCAAUGUCACUAUGUAUUAUUUUCCCAGUAAUGGAACAUUAUUUAUUAGUAAAGUUUUAGAGGGUCACAGUAAGAAUCACUGCUGUUCUACUUUCUCAUGAAAUGAUUUUCUAGAGCGGUACGAUGACGCUUUUUGCCAUUGCAGUAAGUUUAUUCUAAGUUUACUCCUGCUGUCCCAUGGAUAUUUAGCACAUGCUGUGUCUGUUUAAAUAUGCAACAUUUCAGUAAUGUACGGUUCACUUUGAAGCAGAUAGUGUUUCUAGUGCUAGCACCAUCAUAGGACUCCUCUCUUUGACUUGUAGCAGAGCGAGUCGGACCAGAGCGUACCCCUCGACACAAAGCCGGAUGUGAUCCAUACAUUUUUGUGUUCUCUCACUGAAGUGCCACAACUUUGGUUCCCUCAUUUUGUAAGUUGAUAUCCAAGCAGUGAGCAGGAACCUAUGGCCAUGUUUGUGAUUUUUUUUUUUUCUUUCAUAUGGGUUAACCUAGCUACUGCCAAUAGAUUGUAAUGACCUGUUUCAGCUGUUGGAGUUCAGUUGAAGCGAGGAAAGCCCACCUUACAAUACCAGGAACCACCUGGACCCUGUUGGAGCCUGUAUGUGUAUAAUAUAAUAUUUAUAGAGCUACUUAUUCAUUUUCAACUUGUUAUUGUAGGUUAAAAGGAUGAUUUUACACAAAUAUGCUGCUCUCACUUUUGCUAGCAUGUGUGUCUUCCUGAGCACCUGUUUUGAAAGGUAAUCCUAGAACAUUAAGAAUGAAUACUACUAAGAUUUAGCUGCCAAUUCAGCUGAGAUUUCCUCCUGAUUAAGUCCUCAUAAAGCCAUGGCUAAUGAUGCAAAGCGCGUUAGUGUGAAUUGGACCAGUUAGCUGAAUUCAACCAGCUAAAACUGUUCAUAUUACAUGAUCAGUCCUCCUUUUUGUUGAUUUAUGCACUGCUCAACAUUUAACUUUUAUUCUGAAUCCGCUCUAAAAAGAUGCUAAAGAAAAUCAAAUGAAUUAAAAACGUAUUUCUCUGUGCAGGCUGUUAAGCAUCAGUAGGAUUGAAAAUGUCCAUUUACCUUUAUUGUGUGUUUGUGAAGUUAUCACACGAACACUCCAGCAGCCGAGUGCAGAAAAUACAACAUGAUCACUUUAUUAAUCAUUAUGUGACUAUCAGUCGGUUAUGAUUCAUAUGUUCUGUGAUGUCGGACUAGAAAUGAUCAAAAUGAUUCAUGAAUUUGAUUUGAAUAAAUACAAGUGCCAUG